AUGGGGAGGAAUACGUGGAGUAGCCCUCGGUUGGCCAAGUGGAAGGAUCAAUUUUCGAGUCAUAUGUAUAUGAAUCUUAUUCACUGGCUUCACUUACCAUUUGCAAUGGUCCCUGAUCACUGGUAUGAUAUCAAUGGAGUUUUGACCAGGUCCGCCACAAUUCUUCCUGACGAUCAGAUUGUGAUGCUUUACACUGGAGAUACAUAUGAUGUUGUGCAGGUGCAGUGUUUAGCUUAUCCCGCCAACCUAUCUGAUCCUCUCCUGCUUGAUUGGGUCAAGUAUUCGUGUAAUCCGGUUCUGGUUCUCCCACCCGAUAUUGGAGAAAAGGACUUUAGAGACCCGACUACUGCUUGGCUUAGCCCAGAUGGUGAUAAAUGGCAGAUCACGAUUGGAUCCAAGGUUAAUACAACGGGUAUUUCACUUGUGUAUGACCAUGCCACCCGUGUCGGCUACAGAAAGAGCUUAAAGAAUGAUUAUGAAGCUAUAAUGGAUCAAAUGAUGAUGAACUUUGAGAAUGUCACUUUGAGAGUGGCUCCUCAAAGAUCUAAUCUUCGAUUUAGAGGAAAUAAAUUAGAAAGACUACCAGAAAGGGAGCGUUGUCUACUGGAUAAUCUCUGGAUGACACAAACCCCGUCAGAAACUGAAGAGGAAGCAUGUAUAUCUGAUGACAACGAUAAUGAGAUGGAUCCAGAACUAGAAGAAACCAUAGCAGAAAUGAUGGACAGAUAA